AUGCCCCCGAUGAAGUGCCUGGACUUGUCGCCGGCUGGUCCCAACCUGGAAGACCACGUGGGGGAAGCUGCUCCCGGUGUCUCUACCUCUGGCACUGAAGAUUCCGAGGAGGAAGUUGGCGACAGCAGCAGCAGCGGCGAGGACAACAAAGACGACAGUCGCAGCCAUUCGUCGCAGAUUGACGGUGCCGACAUAGACGACCCAUCCAAAGUGCACAUCUUUGUCAAGAAUCCGGCCGGCAGGAAAAUCUGUCUCAGGGGGGUCCACUUGACAGACACCCUUUACACCAUCAAGGCAAAGAUCCAGGAGUGGUACCGCCUCAUCUUCGACGGGUUGCAGCUGGAAGACAACCGUACAUUGGGGGAUUAUGGCAUCCAGCAUGAUUCCACCCUUAAUCUCCAAGAAAAGAUGCAAAUCUUUGUUACGGAGACUCUAGAAGGCAGGACCAUCACUGUCGAGGUCGACAGCCUUGACACCAUUGACAACGUGAAGGCUAAGAUCGAGGACAUUGAGGGCUUUCCCAAGGUCCAGCAGUGCCUCAUCUUUGCCAACAAACAGCUGGAGGACGGCAAGCUCACCUUGGCUGACAACAACAUUUGUAAAGGGUCCACUCUUCUCCUCAUCCUCCUCCCAUGCAGUCCAACUGUUGUGAUGGAAAUAUUUGUGAAGAUGCUGGGAGGAAACACGGUUACCCUUGAGGUUGGACGCUCGGACACUGUUGACAGUGUGAAGGUGAAGCUCUACGAGUUGGGCGGUGUUAAGCGACAGAUGUGGCGUAUACAAGUCCGAUUCAACCAGGACAUCUACACCGCACCUUAG